UUUGCUUUGUCCACGGACGGAACCCAGCGCGCCGCAGCCGUGCCGUUGCAGUGCGGGGCAGCCCGCAGGGAUUGCCGGAAUGGAGACCUCACGGAAAGAGCCCCUGCGCGUCUUAGUCACAAGUGCAGCCAGUUUCAUCGCCCACGCAAUAUUGACGUCCAUCGCACAAGGUGGUGUCUUUGGACAUGACCAGCCGCUGAUCUUACACAUUCUAGACUCCCCAGGCUCUAUGGGUAUGCUCGAAGGCCUUGUCCUCGAACUCUUGGACUGCACGUUUCCACUGCUGCGGCAAGUAUUGAUGACCACCUCUUUGGACUCCGCUUUUACCGACAUCGACGCUGGCUUCCUGGUCUACUAUCCUCAAGAUUCCAUCGACACUGCGCAAGGCCUUGUUGUUUUCCGGCAUUACGGAUACGCUAUCGAGAAAUACGCCAAGAAGAGCGCCAAGUUUGUGGUAUGCAGUAACAAAGCCAACGCUCAUGCAUCGGCAUGCGUUCAGGCAGCGCCCACAAUCGACGACCGAAACGUGACGGCGCUGACUCGCCUCCAACACAACCAGGCUGUUGCACAAAUUGCUCAGAAAUUGGCAGUGGCUCCAAACAAAGUGAGGAACGUCAUCGUUUGGGGAAGUCAAAGCAGCACGCAGCUCCCUGACGCACAAUUCGCUACGUACCAAAGGAGGGACGUCACAGUUCCGGUCGUAGAUGCAAUCAAGGACCAAACUUACUUACGAGACCAAUUUGUGAAACUUAUUCGUAACAGAGAGGAGACCGUAUGUGAAGGAAGGAACAGACCACCAGCGAUAUCGAGAGCCAAAGCAGCUUGCGAUCACAUGCGCGACUGGUGGAAGGGGACGCCCGAAGGGACAUGGGUGUCCAUGGGAGUGAUCAGUGAUGGAUCGUAUGGCGUGCCAAGAGGGAUAGUGUUUAGUUUUCCGGUGCGGAUAGGACCAGACCAGCGGUGGAGCAUCGUACCAGGGCUUCAGUUAAAUGAAUACACGCAGGAAAAGAUACAUCAGUCUGCAAAUGAUGUUCUCGCCUAUGUACGGAAGCUCGCAGGCAGAUCGCAGUCAUCAAUCUCUAUAUAGGCAUCUGGCGUGGACUUGGCAAGAAAAAUUUGGAAAUGCAUGCGUACACGGCCGAUAAAAAUGCCUGUGUGCAAAAAAAUUUUGAAACUGACUAUAGCAGACUGCGUGAGCAGAAAAUACUUAAAACUUGUUCUGCAGCCGCGUGACUGCUUCAAACGGGCUUGCGCCCCUAGUAUACCAUCUACCAUAUGACUGGCAGUUCAACAAUUUGUUCCGCUUCGUUCUCAAACUACAAUUAACCUGCAGUGCAUCACGCCACAUUUUGCAGACUUGACCGGUAUAGGUAUUUGAUGGAGUCACAUAUAUGUAUAUUUAUAGCAAAGGCACAGUCUACAUAUUAAAGAUUCGACAUUUUAUUGCUUCACUUUGU